UCCCUCCUCCCUAUUUUAAUGCUAACUAAGAUGGUGGUUUGAGCACAAACUGUCGCCACAAUACCAAGAAAAGAACGGGGCAAAACAUCUCUGUAGCCUUCAAUUCGUCACAGAACCACACGCAUACGGUUGACUGAAGUGACCGUCGCUUGAUUUUUCAACAUUUCAGGUGGAUUGGCUUGCAGCCCCCGCCCAAUUUGGUGUGACUCCCUUGGAGUGGAAUCCUAAGCUAAAUACGGACAGGCACUCUGCCCUGUGACCAACUUCAACACUUAACCUCAGCAUCAUAGGAUGUCCCACAGCCCUGAAAUGAAGGACGACCCAAUGGAGUGUCCCCUGUGCAUGGAGCCUCUGGAGAUCGACGACGUCAACUUCUUCCCUUGCACCUGCGGCUAUCAGAUCUGCCGCUUCUGUUGGCAUCGCAUCCGCACAGACGAGAACGGCCUUUGCCCUGCCUGCAGAAAGCCGUACCCAGAAGACCCGGCUGUGUACAAGCCUCUAUCACAGGAGGAGAUCCAAAGGAUAAAAAAUGAAAAGAAGCAAAAACAGAAUGAAAAAAAGCAAAAAGUGACAGAAAACCGCAAACAUCUGGCAAGCGUCAGAGUAGUCCAGAGAAACCUGGUGUUUGUGGUCGGGCUCUCACAGCGACUGGCUGACCCGGAGGUCCUAAAGCGACCCGAGUAUUUUGGGAGAUUUGGGAAAAUCCAUAAAGUGGUCAUCAACAAUAGCACAUCGUACGCAGGUUCACAGGGGCCGAGCGCCAGCGCGUAUGUUACAUACAUUCGCUCUGAAGAUGCUUUAAGGGCGAUACAGUGUGUUAACAAUGUGGUUGUCGAUGGCAGAACACUUAAGGCUUCUCUAGGCACAACAAAGUACUGCAGUUACUUCCUCAAAAGUAUGCAGUGUCCUAAACCUGAUUGUAUGUAUCUACAUGAGUUGGGUGACGAAGCUGCUAGCUUUACGAAGGAGGAGAUGCAGGCGGGGAAACAUCAAGAGUACGAGCAGAAGCUCCUCCAAGACCUCUACAAAAUGAACCCUAGCUUUCUACAACCUCCUACAUGUGGGACAGAGAAGUCGAAGAGUAAAUCCAACUCUACACAAAGAACCAACAAUAGUAAUGGCAAAGAUGGGUGGCCAGUGCUGUCAGGGCACAGCAAACUGGCUAAUGGCCUUUCAGAAGACCGAAAGUCUCCUCCGCUGCUAGACUAUCUAGACCAAGAGGGUCUCACUUCAGAUGGGCUAGAAUCAGAGCUGAGUACAGGCCAGAGGACCGUACUGUCUCCAUUCUCUUCUAAUUGUGACAGUAACAGUCCCAGUGAGAAACCCCCAGAGUCCAUUGGUUUGGUAAAUGGAGAGACACUGCAGCAGAUGCCCACAAAUGACUCCCCCUCGCCUCCCCCGGGUCUGACCAAGCCGAGUCUGGUGGUCCCCAUCAGUGUGUCAGACCUGACGGCCCGCUCGCCUUUCGAAGGGGCGGCAGCAGAAUCCCAGUCACUCUUUUCAGAUAACAGUAAUUUCCGACAUCCAAACCCCCUUCCAUCAGGCCUUCCAUCGUUCCCUAGCUCCCCCAGAGGCGGCUCUGACUGGCCCAUGACCCCUGAACCACAGAGCCUCUUCACAUCAGACACAAUACCAGUGUCGUCGUCCACAGACUGGCAGGCGGCAUUCGGUUUCGGCUCGUCCAGCAAACAACAGGACGACGAUUUAGGCUUUGAUCCUUUCGAUGUCACCCGCAAGGCUCUCGCCGAUCUGAUUGAGAAGGAACUGUCUGUACAGGAUCAGGGUCCAUCCUCUCCUGGGUUUCACCCUCCAGGGAGCAGCCACGCCCCCGGCCUGCCAACCCCCAACUCCAACCCAAGCGCCUCGCACCACUUCCCCAGCGGCCUGCCACGUCUUCCCCAGCUCCACCACAGAGCCAUCUACAGCUCCUUCAGUUUCCCCAGCAGCCAGAACAGUCAGGCCGGUCAACAGCAUCCAGCCACCAGACACCCUUGGAUGGGCGUCUCGACACGGAAUAACCUCACACACUUGAACCACUCAGCCAGUGCUGCCUCACAUAGUAAUUUCCUGGACCUGAGUCUGCCCCCUCCGCACAACGCAGGGCUUGGAGGGAUCCCUAUGACGGAAAACAGCGGCUCUAUAGACGGCCUAAAUGUGAAAGAGUGGCAAGACGGGCUCCGAGCCCUCCUACCCAACAUCAAUAUCAACUUUGGGGGCCUUCCAAACUCCUCUUCCUCCUCAUCCUCCUCCUCCUCCAACAGUGUUAAUCACAUCGGUGCUCCGGCCGGACUCUCACACAGCCUGAGCUGGGACAGUGCAGCCAGUUGGAUGGACCCUGCCAUCAUCACAGGUAUCCCGGCUUCAGCUGGUAACAGUUUAGAUUGUCUCCAGGACGACAACCCGCCACACUGGCUGAAGUCCCUGCAGGCGCUCACAGAGAUGGACGGUCCGGCCAGCUCGGUGCUGCCCACCCCCCAGCCCCUCCACAGCAGUCACCUGGAAACCCACCUCCCCCUCCAUCACAGAGCUGCCAGCGGCUGGGCGCCCUACCUCCCUCCCACCACAGCCAACCCCGCCUCCCAGUUCCACUCCCCGCCUCCCGGCUUUCAGACGGCCUUCAGACCCGCAGGACAGCCCCCGACAGAGCUGCUACAGAGUGCCGCCGUGGACCGCCACUGAAUACAGACUAAACCAUCUAUUUACCCACUUCAUACCCACUCGUAUACCCCCCUACUCCCCCACCCCAUCGAACGCACAUCUGCAGAGAAUGAUUAACAAAGUAACAAAGUUUCUUUUACUCCACCCCCGCCUCCCCCUGUUUGUCUCCUCCGACCCGCUCGGUUAUUUGAGUUUUUGUUUGUGACACAUGAGUUCGGGGCACCUGCAGCCAUCAUCACUCCUUAGAUGUAGUUGUGGGGCGUAACAUGAGAUUAAUGUUGAAGCUUCCUCUUGCCGGACAGCACAAGUAGAAGACUGGAGUGAAAAGAAUUAAUCCCAAACAAACAGGACGUGGAAUAACGUAGCUGGUGUGAGGUCGUCUUUUAAACGUAACUAACAAAUGAGCAUGAACAUUUUUGAACGUUGGAAUCAUGACUAGUUUUCGAGGAAUGAAGCAAGCUGUGAAUCCCCCUCUUGAAGCUUUGGCCCAAAGACCCUCGCCCUCCCCACUGGGUCAGGAAACUCCUCACAGUUCAGACGAUUGUGAAACAGAUGAGGUGAGAGAAAGUAGUCUGCUCUUUUUUUUUUUUUUCUUUCUUUUUUUUUUAAAUUGCGACGUGGUUUUCAAAAUGUCAGAGAAGGUGAUUUGGUUAGGACGAAACAGGGGGUAGAGGGCAAAGGCUAUGCAUGGGCUCCCUGGUAGGUAGGGACACAACUGGCCCCGCUUCAGAGGCCACUUGACCCACAUUCCCUCCAGCGGCCGUGUCCCGCUAGAGGGAAGAUUCUGCUAGAACCUCUGUAUCAGAGGGUAGAGCACUGCCUGAGCACAGGGAGCCGCAGCUGUGGGAGACCGUGGCACAUCCUGAGCACCAGGGUUAGAUUCUUACUCACAGUGCCACCGUGUGGCACCGAAAGUAGCUAGCCCUAACAUGGACGCCACCGACUAGGUAGAAUUCUGACUAAAAGGAUGAGGAUUGUCAAAAAGACUAAACAAGGUUGGCACUAGGACGCAGGGGGUCCCUUUGUUUACCCCACCAGGGCUCGAACAAGGCCUUAAACAAGGAGUGAGAGGAGCUCCAGCGACGCGUGUGGGAGUCAGUGGUUGGUGAAUAAUAUGCAAAGUUGUCUGUGACUUUGUGGACUGCACGCGAGUGCGUCACCGAGGACGCUGCUGCAAUACAACAUCAAGUACUGUACCGAUGAAGGAGCUCGCAGCCUUCAUGACGCGAGAGUGACCUUUUUUCCCAGCACCGCCUUCGUUUCUUUUUGAAGUCUUAAUUUCUGAUCCGUGUCUGCUCCGUCUCUCUCCCUCUACCACCCCUGACCCGUCGCACCCUCCCCCACAAUUAAGAUACAAACAGUAUUCACAACGAUGAACAAACGUCAUCCAGGAGAAACAGACACAAUCAUACCAUGGGUUUUAACGUGAUGUUGCGAGAAGAAGAAAAAUUCAUUGAGGCGCUUAAAAGGAAAUGAACUGUCCUCUGCAGGUCUGAAAAACUGAACCUUAAAUAAAACUGAAAACUCAGAACAGUUGUCUGCUGUUGUCUUCGCAUGCUGAUACCUGAACUUCACCUGGCUUCAUUUCAUACAAACAAAAUGUCAAACAUCUAGAUGUGUGCCGGUCUUCAAAGAGUUAGAUUAUUGGAUGUUGCUACCGGCCGACAUAUGGCCCCGAGCCCCCAUUUGAAUUGUGAAUUUUCUUUUAGCCAAUAACAAUCUUUUGCUGAUUUUUUUUUUUUUUUGGAUCGUAU